AGCACCAACUUCCCAAAUUUUUCCACGGUGAAGACUCGAACCCUAAAACCUACCCCCACCACUCCCCUCUGCAAAAACCUCCUCCCUUCCUCUCCCCCGCCAUAAACCACUCACCCAAAACCACCAACUGUUUCAUGCUCUCUUCUCCUGCCCGCCCAUGGACUCAAUCGUCCACUCUGCGCUCGAAGAAAUUUGCUCCUUCGGCGCCGCCGGCCUCCCCCUCCCCACCCUCUGGCCCAAACUCCAGUCCCCUCUCUCCUCCCACGGCCUCCCCCUCUGCCCCAACGUCAAGCAAGCCCUCUGGGCCAACCUCCGCAACGUGCCCGGCCUCCAAUUCGAAGCCAGAGGCGCCUCGCUCGACUCGAAUGACCCCAGAAUCCAGUCGGUCGAGGAGUGCGAGAGGCUGAGGUUGAAGAUCGUCGCCGCCGAGCAUCUCCGUGAUAGCUUCGUUGGGGUUUACGAUAUUAAGGCCUCCGAUGCGGCCAUCUCGGGGCCCCAGCGUCGUGCCCUUGAGCGCCUCGCCAUUGCCAGAACAAAUGGGAUCACCCAAAGUGAAAUUGCUAAGGAAUUUGGCAUCAAGGGGAAUAACAUUUUCUACGUGCUGAGGAAUCUUGAGUGCCGAGGGCUGAUUGUGAGGCAGUCGACACUGGUGAGGACCAAAGAAGCUAACAGUGAAGGGGAACUGAAAAAUAGUUCUAUUGUGAAUACCAAUAUGCUCCACUUGUAUCGUUAUGCAAAGCAUUUGGGUUGUCAACAAAGACUUGAAAUAACCAAAGAGGACAAACGCAUGGUGGCUAAUGAGAAUAUGGAUGUAAAUACUGUGAGUGGUGACGGCGCUGGUGAAGGAUGUGUGAAAGAGGAUGUGCAUGUAAAGGAUUAUCUGCCUGCAUUGAAAGCGAUUUGCGAUAAACUUGAUCAAGCUGGCGACAAGAUUCUUCUGGUGGAAGAUAUUAAGCGGGACCUUGGUUAUAGAACAACAACUGGGCACAGGGCUUGGAGAAAUAUCUGUAACAGGCUGAAAGAUGCUCGUAUAGUUGAGGAGUUCUGCGCAAAACUGAACGAGAAGGAGGUCAGCUGUCUGCGUUUGCUGAAAAGCUUUUCUCCGAAAAUUUUUGAGCCUAAAACUCUCGGACGUGAGGGAAAGAGAGGUCAAAUCACUGAACAGCUCUUGGAGCUUCCAAUCGAACAUCAAAUAUAUGGUAUUGUCGCGGCUGAAGGAUCAAAAGGGUUAACAAUUACAGAGAUCUGCAAGAGGCUUGGGAUAAACAACAAACAGUACUAUCGCCGGCUUCUUACUAUGUUCUCUAGGUUCGGAAUGCCUCUGGAGGUAGAAAACCACAAUAGAGGCCUGGCUUAUCGAGUUUGGACUUCUGAGAACUUCAAUCUAGAAGCAUCUAAUAAAUUUGUGAGUAAGCCAGAAAAUGUCUCGAAUGAAAAUGGCACUUAUAAUCCACCUGAUGGGAAUCUUGCACGUCAUGAGAAGUCAGCUCAAGCCAUCCCGGAGUUAGAUCUUUGGACUUCUAAUGUUAAUAUUGAAUACGAUGGAAAAGCUCAUGAAGAAGUGAUUGAACCAGAACUUUCUCAUGCUUCUCCAUCGAACGUUUCUCAUGCAGAACUACAGGUGGUGAGUGCAGUUGCUGUAUCAAAUGUUGCUACUGUAGAAACGUCAUCCCUUGAUUUGUCAACACCUCGCAGACGGCGGUCAUAUGAGAAGUAUCCAUGUCUCACUUCGACUGCAUCUAGUGUACGAAGGGAGCAGUGGAUACUUCUAAGGUUGCAGGAGGAGAAAUUCAUUAUAAGAGCUGAACUAACGAGGGAGCUUGAGAGUCUUGAGAAGGACAAGCUGACGAAGAUGGACAGAAAGACCGUAAACCGCACUCUGAAUAAACUUCAGGAAGAAGGGCACUGUAAAUGCAUUCGUGUUAGUGUCCCUGUCGUAACAAACUGUAGUCGCAGCCGUACAACAGACGUGGUUCUGCAACCAUCUCUUGAGGUAUCCCCUGAACUAUUGGGUAAAAUUCAUGAGAAACUGAGGUCUUUUGAUAUGGAAAUUAGAGCCCAGUGCUCCUCCCGAUCAAAGAAGGGUCAAUCUGUUCCAGUAAUAGAUGGUGUCCAGAGAAUAUUUAAAAGUGCAAAAUUAGAUGACCAAGCUGAAAGGUCGGAAGCCAUGCGUGCUAAUGGGUUUGUACUGGCAAAGAUGGUUCGGACAAAGCUACUGCAUAUCUAUCUAUGGGGCUACGUCAGUGGUUCACCUGGUUGGGAUGAUGCUUUAUCAUUUGGUAAACCUGGGUAUGACCUGAAGAAUCCUCACAGCACUUGCAAAAUAUUUGCACUUGAUGCGGCUAUUAAGGCCAUGCCUGUUGAGCUAUUCUUGCAAGUGGUUGGGUCCACUCGGAAGUUUGAAGAUAUGGUUGAGAAAUGUAGAAGUGGUUUGCGCCUUUCUGAUCUUCCUGACAAGGAAUACAAAAGUCUCAUGGAUACUCUUGCAACUGGACGGCUGUCAUGUAUUAUUGACCGAUUACGACGUUUGAAAUUGAGUCGUCUGGAAAGGGAUGGGCAUUCUGAAGAAAUAACGAACAUCCCACAUGCCACUUUGACAUAUGCUUUGGAACUUAAGCCUUACAUUGAAGAGCCUGUCUCUAUAGUUAUGGCGUCGUCUGGUGUCUUUUCUUUCGAUCUUCGCCCUCAAGUGAGACAUGAUUUUAUUCUGUCAAGCCGAAAAGCUGUUGAUGAAUACUGGAACACGUUAGAGUUUAGUUAUGCUGCUGCUGAUUCAAAAGCUGCUUUACAUGCAUUCCCUGGUUCUGCUGUUCCCGAGGUAUUUCUUUGGCGGACAUGGGCCUCGGUCAGGGUUAUGACAGCAGAUCAGCGUGCGGAGCUUCUCAAGCGUGUUGUGAAUGAUGAUUUAAAUAAAAAACUUCCAUUCAAAGAGUGUGAGAAGAUUGCAGAAGAUCUUAAUUUGACAUUAGAGCAGGUGCUUCGUGUCUACUAUGAUAAGCGGCAAAAACGACUUGCAAGAUUUCAGGGAGGUUCAGAUGCCAGAGGGGAGGAGUUUCAGCCACAAAAGAAAAGGCAUGUUUCAUCUUCACGAAAAAGAAAAAACACUUCAGAAGGAAGGUCAUCAAGGCGUAAAAAAAUUGGCAUUGUAGAUAAAAAAACAAGUGGACAGGGGCUUGGUAGAGAGACCGAUACUGAUGAUCAGUUCCUAGAUGGACAAAAUGCCCCUGUAGCCUCUUCAGGAGAGGACAGUCAUUUACAUACAUUUCAAGAUGGAGAUCGUAUGGAGGCAAUAGAGGAGGUAGAGUCAAAGGAAGAAGUGGAGCAUCACUCGUUUAUUCAUGAAUGUGCCUUUUCAAGUAUUAAGUCAACACGUCAAAGAAAGUUUUCGUGGACGGAAAAGGCUGAAAGGCAAUUGGUGAUAGAAUAUGUAAGAUAUCGGGCUGCUCUUGGGGCAAACUUUCAUUGCACAGAUUGGUCUUCACUUCGGGAUCUUCCAGCUCCUCCUGCCACCUGCAAAAGGAGAAUGGCACUAUUGAACAGUGAUUUAAAGUUUAGAAAAGCUGUAUUGAGACUUUGUAACAUGCUCGGUGAACGAUAUGCCAAACAUCUGGAUAAAUUGCAAAAUAAGUCAUUAAGCCAUGGUGAUUGUAGAGGGAUAGUUGGGGAUUCCUUGUUUGGGAAAAAUCUUCACAGGAGUCUCUCUUGUAAUGAUGAACAUAGUGAAGAUAUGUAUUUUGAGGGACAAUGGGAUGAUUUUGAUGACGUAUGUAUUAAGGUAGCGCUUGAUGAGGUUCUCCAUUACAAAAGGAUUGCUAAACUGGACGCCUCUAAAAGAGCUAGGUCUGUACCGGUGGAAUGGUCAGAACUAAAUAUGGAUGCUGGAGGGCAUGAUCACUUGGGAUCGGGACCAGUUAGUGAGGAUAUUCGCAAACACGGUGGUGGGAAUAAUGUUUGUCCUCGGAGAUCUAGACGUCGUCGCCUUCCUCAAAAGUAUAGUAAGCUUUUGCAUGAAGGGAGUAGUGUUAGUAGAUGGGCACAUGAAUCAGUAGCGGUUUCGAAUGCUGCAGAGCUAUUUAAGCUCGUCUUUCUGAGCACCUCAACAGCUCCAGAGGUGCCGAAUUUGCUAGCUGAAACGUUGCGGCGAUAUUCUGAGCAUGAUCUUUUUGCUGCCUUUAACUACCUUAGAGAGAAGAAAAUUAUGGUUGGCGGUAGUGGAGGUAAUCCCUUCAUACUUUCUCAACAGUUUCUGCAGAGUAUUUCUUCAUCUCCCUUUCCAACUAAUACUGGAAAUAGGGCUGCUAAGUUUGCUAGUUGGCUCCAGGAAAAAGAAAAAGAACCGAUGGAAGACGGGAUUGAUAUCACUGCUGAGUUACAAUGUGGGGACGUUUUCCAUUUGUGUGCUCUAGUUUCAUCUGGAGAGUGGUUAAUCUCACCAUGCCUGCCAGAUGAAGGUGUUGGAGAGGCUGAAGACUUGAGAAUACUGAAGCGGAAAUUUGAUAGUAGUGAAUUUUGCAGUGGUGAGAGGGCUAAGAAAUUGAAGUCUUCAUUGGCUGGAGAAGGUGAGAUCAUCUCUUGCGGAGAAGGUGAGCUCAUCCCUCGCCGAGGAAAAGGUUUUCCUGGUAUUAUAUUAACUAUAAGCAGGGCAACAAUUUCAACAAGUGAUACUAUGGAUUUGUUCAAAGAUGGUAAUAACCAUAGUGGGAUGCCUUUUUCGGGUGAAAAUGACCAAGUCAUUCAGUCUUCCAGUGUAAAUAUUGGGGCCACUGCAUUUCCUUCGGACCAUAUCAAGGAAAUCCUUUAUGAGGGGAGCAGCAUUCCUACGGCAGUUGCUGCCGGUGAGUCAGAAUGGGAAACUAUGACAAGCUAUGCUGCACGUCUGAUGGCUUUACCAACUGAUCAGCAAAAAACGUGUUCUUUUUAUCCUGAGCUCUUUAGGAAUGUUUACUCGGCUAUUCAGAAGGCAGGUGACCAAGGUUUGAGCAUGGAAGAAGUCUCCCAGGUCAUAAACAUGGAGGGGGAAAAUAUCCAAGAACUAAUUGUUGAGGUACUGGAAGCAUUUGGGCGAGCUUUAAAGGUUAAUGCCUAUGAUUCUGUACACAUUGUAGAUUCCUUGUACCGGUCCAAGUAUUUUUUGACCUCAAUGGCCAACUGUAAUCAAGAUCUCGAGGUUUCCUUACCGGCAUAUACUAAAAGUGAUAAUGGGCAAGUGAAUCCUUCUACUGAAAAUCUUGAAGAUCAUGGUGCUAAUGUACCAAAGGAUUUAAGCAUGGACUCUGAUGAAGUGCACAAAGUCACCAUCCUAAAUCUUCCUGAAGAGGUUUAUCAUCCAUCUAGUGAAAUGCGGGGCAGCAAAAAGUCUGAAGGCUGGAAGCAGGCAAAAGUUAUAGCCCAGGGAAAUGGUCACGAGGGGGAAACCUUUGGGUUCUGUUCUGAUGAUUUUGAUUUGUGUGCACCAAUAUUACCUUGGGUGAAUGGCGAUGGUACAAUCAACACGGUUGUUCACAAGGGACUUGUACGUCGUGUUCUUGGUAUUGUGAUGCAAAAUCCGGGGAUAUUAGAGGAGGGUAUCAUCAAUCGGAUUAGCGUAUUGAAUCCUCAGAGCUGCAGAAGUCUGUUAAAACUGAUGAUUAUGGACAAUCAUAUCAUCGUGCGCAAGAUGCACGAGACUACGUAUGGUGAGGCCCCUUCUAUACUGGCUAGUCUUCUUGGUAGUAGAUUGAAGAAAUCAAAGAUGAUUUCCCGAGAGCAUUACUUUGCGAAUCCUUUAUGUACUACCUUGUUGUAGAAUCCACCCCAUCUAUUGCCAUAAAUUUUUAUCAUUGUCGAGGUUUAUUUGGAGCAAUUCCACCGUGCUUUCAAAAAGACCACCAAUGGAGUUAAGAGGCGGUUGAAGUGUUGUUGAAGAUCUGCUGGGUACCGUAGACAUUUAUAGUUCUGUAUAUAGGUACUGUGAAACUUGGUACUCAGUCUGUUUAUGACAUCGUAGGACUUGGAUCAAGUUCCGUGUAAAAAUUGGUUUGGACAUUAUAUAAAGCUGUACGGCAUUUCUUUU